UCUAUCUUUUGAUCUUUUAUCUUGAUCUUUAUCUACCUGUCUGGCUGUGCGUCUUCUGUUGUGGGCAAUUACUUGCUCUGCAGACUAUGACUAUGUGUGUGUGUAUCGCAUCAUCGUAAUCGUAUCGUGUGUACCACCAACAAGUCAUGUGACGAUAGAGUUUGUUUUAGCGUUUGUUUGUUGUUGUAUGUAGUUGAUUUGAGAUGGGAUGGAUAUAUGGUUAUGCAUGGAUGGGGACUGUUUGGUUCGUGUGGCGUGGCGUUAGUGCUGUGCUGUGCUGUGCCUCUGAGUCUGUGUGUGUGUUGUACGAACGUGUCGAUGAGGGAUGUGUGUACAGCGCGUGACUGGUUUACUCCUUGCGUGCCUUGCUUUCUGUCCUGGCUGUCCUGUCGUGUCUUGGGUUUCCUGUCCUGGUUUCCCUGUCCUGUCUUAGGUUUCCUGUCCGGGUUUUCCUGUCCUGUCUUGGCUUUCUAUCCUAUCCCAUCCUAUCCUAUCCUAUCCCAUCCUAUCCUAUCCUGGCGUUCCUAUCCUGUCCUUUCCUGUCUUGUGAUCCCUUGUCAGACGCCAGACGCCAGACGCCAGACGCCGCCGCGCUGCCGUGCGGUAUAGGGUGAUGAUGAGUCUGCAUGUAUAUUCCGGAUGUAUUCCAAAAAUAUUCCAAAUACAUGCAUGCAUGCAUACCUAUACAUACAUAGUUGAUAUCGAUGCUCUGGCUGGCA